AUGUCUGAUAUGGCCGGCGAGUUAAGCGAUAAACAGAAACAGAAACUGGAACAAUACGAGGAGAGGAUACUAGAGCAAGACACUGAGCUGGAAGAACAAAGAAAACAGCUCGUGCAGCUGUCUGCAUUGGUGGAUGAACAGCAAAAGGAGAUUAACUCCAGGGAAGACAAACUUAGUGAACAACAAAAGGUAUGUGGCGUUUGUAAGAUAUGUAACUCUAUUGCUGAGAUUCUUCAUUGGUGGUGAUGUAAGACCAUGAAUAACCCACAUAUUAUUAUGUUUAAAAUAUCUUGAGUGCUGUCUAGAUCAGGAUAAUAUGAUUCAAGAUCACUCGGGUUGCCAACCACCGCUUAAUUAGCUCGGUUGGCUUAACGACGGUCUGCCGAGCGGGAAGUCGCGGGUUCAAACCCCUGCCGGACCAACACUCGUGGUGGUCGUCAAAUAACUGAAGAGAAAGUGCUGCCUUUGUUAAGUCAUCUGCAAAAGGAUAAGGAGAAAAAACCGUUUGCUCUGUAUGGCAGCAGCCUUUGUUCACAUGAAAACUGUGAGACUUUUUUUUAUUGUUCAUCACAUUUACCGACUACAGAAAAAAACCUUUAAGCUGAAUUAAUCGUUGAACUACUACAGUGCUAAAGAAAUAAAGCAGUACAACAACGUAAUUUAAUUGAUAUAAAGUUGACUUAAAUUUUGUUUUUUUGUUAUGAAAACUGUGGGACGUUAAAGAACCCACACAUAAAAGUGCAUUAGAAUCUGAAAAGCAAACUUGUUGCAAGGAGCGAAAUUAAAGGCAACAGUAAAAUGAAAAGCGGGUAAAUCCCCGUAGUUUUUCUAUUCGAUCGUUGCAACUCAACUGAGAGCCUGAGACUAGUGUUAAUAACUGUUCCUAGGCAUUAGUAAGGCAAAAGCGGGACACGGUCAAGAAGGGAACUGAACUGGUUGAAUACAAAGAACAACUGGCCACAAAAAUUGACGAGCAGGAGGAGAAGAUCAAGAUGAUUGAGAAAGAGGUGACAAUAUUCAGUAUUCAAUACGUGUUACAUCGUGAUAAUUAUAUUUUCGUUUCACUAAUAUGAUUACAGUUAACGUAAAAUUAAGCUUUCAGUACUUGAGGUUUUAGCAUUGAUUAAACAUUGCGCCGUUUAUUCCAGGUAGUCCCUACAUUCUUGUUUAGUUACUUUUAUUAAAAUGUCUGGUUUAGUGCUUUGUGUCUGCGACCUUUCAUGCAAAGGUCACAGAGGCUUUGACUAAAUUCCCUUCACCAAUAAAUCACUUGAAAACUUCUUAAUAUCUCGGAUGUUAUUAGAAAUACAGUUUUUAAAGUAUGAAAAAAAUCUCCUUCAAAUCUACAUUUAUCCAUUUAAUUCUUUCUUUUCCAUGUCAGUCUACUUCGGACUUCGACUUCCUGUCUGUUGGAAUUUCUGUUUAGCUUUCACGCACGUGAAGCUCCAAUUUUGUCACGGACCACUAAAGAAGCUUUAGUUAAUUCACCAUCAGUUUAAUUCCGCAAAAGUCAAGUUUAAUCUUUUUUACCAGUUAUUUGGUUUUCUCUACAGAAUCUCAUGACAGGUGAAUUACACGCUCUAGGACUGCGAUGUCGAGGAGAGAGACAUGAGCUAGUGAUAGCGAGGCAAAAAGAGGCUCUGGCAGAACUCAGAGGCCGAACAAAAACACUGGAGCAAUUUAAACCACCACGUAAGUCUUGAAAGUAAAUCUGUCUUACAUUAUAGACUGAGGUCUUUGAUCGCAGGGGCUAAACAAGAGCUUUGACGAAAUCCACAUGGAUAAAAAAUAUACAUAGCUUUUUAUAAAAGUUGAGCGCAAUCACAUUACAUUCAUUCUCCAGUCUGUUUCAAGUGACAAAAGAGCAGAAGAUUUGGAGUGAAAAUUAUGCGAAAGACGUCCCUUAUUUUGUUUUGUUGCCACGUGAAAUGGGAGAUGUCUGCCCGCAAACUAUCUAUCCACUUUUCGGGAAAAAACUCUCGGGUAAUAAGCUAGUCUGCUACACAGCCGUUUUUAGUGUCGUCACGCAACGCUCCUCUGUAGCAGACUAGAAAUAAGCUUGGUUGCGUAUAAACCUUGACAGUAGCCUGAUCAAGGUCACCGCCCUCUUUCCAGGAUCGCGCGCCGUCUUAUAGUGGUUGAACGAUGAAUGUCGCGAAAAAAAUUUAAAAAAGAAGUGAUGCGCAGCUGGAGCUAACCAGGCAAUAAUCUCGACCUUCAGUCCCUUUUACACAGGCAAUUUAAAAUCGGGCUUAAACUUGAAACUUUUAUCGUGCCUUUGGCCUGCGUUUCAAGCGUUUUCUACAGCUAUGUUCGAUUUCAAAAAAAGGUCGAGGAAUUCCUAUCUCUACUCUCCCCCAUUUUCCGCUGUCAUGAAAUUAAUAUGAUGGCGGCCGCAGCAAUACGAUCAUAAACAAGUAGCUUUUACCCACUCUAAAAAAUUCGUCUGCUUCGCAGUUUAGACAACGGGGGGCUUUAGGCGAAAUGCAAAACCUUUUUCGUGAAAAUGAGUUUCAUUUGCAUUGAAGUCAUUUUCAUAUUAAAAGCUUCGCACUAACGCUCGUUUGCAAAGACAGGUAACUUGGAAAUGGUCUACCGUGUGGCACGAAAUUUUUGCGGGUUCUAAUUUUUGCGAUUUUUACGUGUUUUUUUUAGCGAUCCGCAAAGAUACGUUCCCGCAAAUAAAAAUUACCGGAAAAAUUUACCCCAGAGUAAAUAUUCUCUAACUUAAAUUCGCUAAGAAAUCGUGUCUGUUCAAUUAAAACUUAUCUGUUUCGUUUAGAAACAAAGCGGUUUGUAUAGGUAAUAGCAUGAUUCGUAGUGAUAUUUGGCAUAAAUAACACAAGAGAUAUUUCGAAAUUGUUAUACCUAAUUUCACGAGUCGUUAGGCGAGUGAAAUUUGAGACAAUUUUGAAAUAUCACGAGUGGUAUUUAUGCCAAAUAUCAAAUACAAAUCAUGCUAUUAUUUGUUUAUACUACUACCCGCAAAAGGUUUGUAAUUUUCACAUGUAGGUAUUUCAAAUUAAGUUGAAAUACCACUGCUCUAAGCCAAUCAAAUUGCAGAAAUUUCUCAUGUAGUAGCAUAAACAAUGAAAUACUGACGCACACCGUAGUAUUAUUUGAAAAUAUGCAUUUCUAUUGCACGUACUCAAUAACAACGAAAAUAUUGUCAAUGCUGGGUAUUGGGUACUUUCUGAAAAUCGCAAGAAUUAAUUCCCAGCAAGAAAAACCAAUCUGUCCUAACCGCAAUAAUUAGUUCCCGCAAAACACAAAAAAUCACCAAUCCGCAAAAAUAAACUCCCGCAAAAAUUUCGUGCUACACUGUAUCUAUUGCUGGCCCAUAACCUUAGCUUCGCCAGGGACACGUUACGUGUAAUACACGUAUUUCUAGUUGAUAAGAUGGGUCUUUUUUUGUUAUGUUAGUUCCAAAUCAUGAACAAGCUUUACAGCAGAUUGUGGCUCUCAAAAAGGAAGUCAGUGAACUAAGGGCGAAGCUGGCCUCCCAAGAAGAGGACUACCACAAAAGCGAAGGCGAAAUGCAUGCUGAGGUAACAGACGUAACAGUGUGAUGCUCUUCUAAUUUAUGGAGUUCUGCGCUUGCGUUUCCUCUUGACUUCAUUUUAAAAAGCGACGUCCUUUUGGCGCGUCACGUAUUCUGUCAGGAGGGAUUGCGUGACAAAGGGUCCCGUGGUCAUAGCGGAUUACGCGUAGUCCCUGGUUAUUUUCUUAGGAAUAGUAAAGCAAGCGAAUUACUCAAGCGCGCGAAAAUGACGACCCGAGUGUCACCUUCUUCGCGGGUGGCGAUUUUCACGCGCGCUGGUGUUAUUCGCUUGCUGUACUAUUCCUGAGUACAUUUGAAUAUCAGCGUGGCAGGCGAAGGGGUAGGAAAAGAGAGGAAAAGGGAGGUUUUCCACCUCCCCCCUCUCCUUUUUGUGCCUGUCACGCAGGCUGUCACUGAGAAGAAUGAUGGACUACUCGUAGUCCACCCUAGUCAUGUCGUUUGUAGAGUGAGUCCUUGCUAUUAUUUGCCCCCAUUUUUUUUUCCAAGACUUUGUUGUAUGACAAAAAUAAUCAUUUUUGCUCACUUGAAAGAGUUCAAGUAUGAUCCAGCAAACUGAAGAGGCUGAAAAUAGGAUAAAAACUGUCAUGGGCCAUUUUAAGAGUGUGUCAUAGAUCCUUCUUCCCCCUUUUAUUUCAAUAAUUUAAUAUUCUGCGAAUGAACGUUUACAUGUUGAAAUGCUAUAGCAUGCUCUCUAUGCCAUGAUAGUCUUUUGUGAAAUGCGUUAUAUCUGUUUCCUUGUAACAGCUCAGAGUUCGUCGUGAGCAGGCUUCUGCCAGUCUCACUGAAACCGAUUUGGAAAAAGGCGCUCACCAGCAAACAAAGGAAGCAUUAGAUCUCAGUGAAAAGACGGUGAGUUGAUUUUAAUAUAAACACGAAAAAAUUAGUGAGGAGUAUAAGAGCUUGAGCAAAAGCGUUUUUGAGCGACCGAAAUUAAGGGCUUGACGCUAAUAAAUGUACGCUCCGGUCAUCAUUCGCCGUUAAAAAACGACUUGGCAUGAGCGCCUUAUUGGCAGCUUUUUGCAGAAGUAAAUUCAAAGACGGGGUAAUCUGUCAAGAGUGCCGUACUGCAAAUAGUUCACAUGCUAUGUUAUAAUAUAAAGGUGAAAUAUGGUCUUUCAUGAAAAUUGAUUCAACUUUUAAUGUUAGUUGAUAGAAGAUAGUGUCGGUUCACCUUUUUUUCUAGAGAAAAAGAAACUAAAAGAUACCUAAUUCGUUCCAUGAAAAGGAAGAACGAAUAAGGAAAUGCCUUAUUAAGAUUACUACUACUGUCCUUCACGCACGUUUUUGUGCGCACGCCAGUAGUCCCCUCUACCGUUACCUUUCGAACGCCUGGCACGGUACCAAACGCUGUUCGGAAAAUUAGCCCGCGCUCCUGUGGGAGGACUGAAAGAGCGGCGGAAAUCGAGUCCAUUACUUCGGAGGCUGCUGCAAGACUAUUCUUGCGUCGUUUUAUUUUAGCGCGUCACUCCUCUUUCCUUCAAACACGCAAAGAAACAAGUUAUUUCAGUUGCGUAAGUCGUUAUUUUUCCAGGCUUUUUUUUAACUGUAACUGCUUUUUCUUUUCGCAGUAUCUGAAGUUGGCUCGAACACUCGGUGCACUGCUUGAAAUAGACUCGUUACCAGGUUGUCGCUCAAUGGUGCACCUCCCCGUGGAGGAAAGAGAGAGACUGGAACUAGACAGGACCAAGGUAAUUUGAGUUUCAAUUCCUGCUUAAAAAUGCGACCUGUCUACGCUGUUACAUGUACAUGUGUCUUCGUUUCACAAUGGAGGGUUGUCCAAUACUCACAAAUAGACUCCAUUGGUGUUAGUGGUGAUAAGAAGGGUCUCCAUUGGUACCAAUGGUAAGAUUGGUACCAAUAGAAAAGCAUCCUAUUCCAAUGGUUCUAUUGGUGAAUAUGCAUCUCAUUAAGCAGACUUAGAUUAUUUUCCCAUGUGACCUGGCUGGGUACAGGGCAAUUCCAAUGGUCCAUUGGUACCAAUGGUACGAUUGGUACCAAUAGAAAAGCACCCUAUUCCAAUGGUUCUAUUGCUGAAUAUGCAUCUCAUUAAGCAGACUUAGAUUAUUUUCCCAUGUGACCUGGUUGGGUACAGGGCAAUUCCAAUGGUCCAUUGGUACCAAUGGUACGAUUGGUACCAAUAGAAAAGCACCCUAUUCCAAUGGUUCUAUUGGUGAAUAUGCAUCUCAUUAAGCAGACUUAGAUUAUUUUCCCAUGUGACCUGGUUGGGUACAGGGCAAUUCCAAUGGUCCAUUGGUACCAAUGGUACGAUUGGUACCAAUAGAAAAGCACCCUAUUCCAAUGGUUCUAUUGGUAAAUAUGCGUCUCAUUAAGGAGACUUAGAUUAUUUUCUGAUGUGGUCUAGCUGGGUACAGGGCAAUUCCAAUGGUCCAUUGGUACCAAUGAUACGAUUGGUACCAAUAGAAAAGCACCCUAUUCCAAUGGUUCCAUUGGUGAAUAUGCAUCUCAUUAAGCAGACUUAGAUUAUUUUCCCAUGUGGUCUAGCUGGGUACAGGGCAAUUCCAAUGGUCCAUUGGUACCAAUGGUACUAUUGGUACCAAUAGAAAAGCACCCUAUUCCAAUGGUUCUAUUGGUGAAUAUGCGUCUCAUUAAGGAGACUUAGAUUAUUUUCAGAUGUGGUCUGGCUGGGUACAGGGCAAUUCCAAUGGUCCAUUGGUACCAAUGGUACGAAUGGUACCAAUGGAAAAGCACCCUAUUCCAAUGGUUCUAUUGGUGAAUAUGCUUCUCAUUAAGGGGACUUAGAUUAUUUUCUCAUGUGGUCUAGCUGGGUACAGGGCAAUUCCAAUGGUCUAUUGGUACCAAUGGUACGAUUGGUACCAAUGGAAAAGCACCCUAUUCCAAUGGUUUUCUUAGUGAAUAUGCAUCUCAUUAAGGGGACUUAGAUUAUUUUCCCAUGUGACCUUGUUGGGUACAGGGCAAUUCCAAUGGUCCAUUGGUACCAAUGGUACGAUUGGUACCAAUGGAAAAGCACCCUAUUCGAAUGGUUUUGUUGGUGAAUAUGCAUCUCAUUAAGGGGACUUAGAUUAUUUUCUCAUGUGGUCUAGCUGGGUACAGGGCAAUUCCAAUGGUCCAUUGGUACCAAUGGUACGAUUGGUACCAAUAGAAAAGCACCCUAUUCCAAUGGUUCUAUUGGUGAAUAUGCAUCUCAUUAAGAGAGUUAGAUUAUUUUCUCAAGUGGUCUAGCUGGGUACAGGGCAAUUCCAAUGGUCCAUUGGUACCAAUGGUACGAUUUGUACCAAUGGAAAAGCACCCUAUUCCAAUGGUUCUAUUGGUGAAUAUGCAUCUCAUUAAGGAGACUUAGAUUAUUUUCAGAUGUGGUCUGGCUGGGUACAGGGCAAUUCCAAUGGUCCAUUGGUACCAAUGGUACAAUUGGUACCAAUGGAAAAGCACCCUAUUCCAAUGGUUCUAUUGGUAAAUAUGCUUCUCAUUAAGGGGACUUAGAUUAUUUUCUCAUGUGGUCUAGCUGGGUACAGGGCAAUUCCAAUGGUCCACUGGUACCAAUGGUACGAUUGGUACCAAUAGAAAAGCACCCUAUUCCAAUGGUUCUAUUGGUGAAUAUGCAUCUCAUUAAGAGAGUUAGAUUAUUUUCUCAUGUGGUCUAGCUGGGUACAGGGCAAUUCCAAUGGUCCAUUGGUACCAAUACAAUUUGUCAAGGACAACGUUGACAUUAAAUACAUCAAUGGUUUUACUACGACCUUGAUUAUAGCAAACUGGUGUACCUCAAUGGGUUACCACGACAAACCCCACGUCAACAGUCAAAAGUGACUUCAGUCACUUGAAUAUAAAACGGCUCUCUUAGGAGCAACGGCAUGAUAUAACCACCCUUUUCGGAAACUCUUCAUUGAAAACUUGUUUUGGUUUAAACGCUUCCUUGUAGAUAAUGAAAUUGCGCUAAGAAAUUUCAGAAGUUAAUUUCACAGUGAGUUGAGUACAGUUGUUAAAACCUGUUGCCUCAAUACCACUUUGCUAGUUUCGCGCCUUUCCGCGUUGUUUCGGGUUCUUUUAACAAGUAAGAAUUACCGAAAAAUAGUGCUUGCGUACAGGAAAGAAGACAUUCAUAUGUCAUGUUGUUGUUUGCUCGUGAAUCACAAUAAACAGAACGAACACGACAGUGACGCGUUACCUUUCAAUUUUAAUGUUCGUACGAUGUUUGUUAUACUCGCAGCACCUUGAGAUAUUAUUAGCGCUAGAUAUAUAGGUCGCCCUCGCUUUGUAACUAUUAGCGCGUUUCUACUUUGUGUGAAAGCGAACUUGUUUUGCGCGGUUAGCCUAUAGAACGAGGAAUAUUCAUAAGAAUUAUGGCGCGUUUUUAAUUGGUGUAACAGCGAACUUGUUUUGCGUGGUUGGCUUAUAGAACGAGGAAUAUUCAUAAUAAUUAUUAGCGCGUUUUUACUUAGUGUAAAAGGCAACUUGUUUUGUGUGGUUGGCUUACAGAACGAGGAAUAUUCAUAAUAAUUAUUAGCACGUUUUUACUUGGUGUAAAAGCUAACUUGUUUUGCGUGGUUGGCUUAUAGAACGAGGAAUAUUCAUAAUAAUUAUUAGCACGUUUUUACUUGGUGUAAAAGCGAACUUGUUUUGCAUGGUUGGCUUAUAGAACGAGGAAUAUUCAUAAGAAUCAUAGCGCGCUUUUACUUGGUGUAAAAGCGAACUUGUUUUGCGUGAUCGGGAUAUAGAACGAGGAAUAUUCAUAAGAAUUAUAGCGCGCUUUUACUUGAUGUAAACUUGUUUUGUGUGGCUGGCUUAUAGAACGAGUAAUAUUCAUAAGAAUUAUAGUGCCCUUUUACUUGGUGUAAAAGCAAACUUGUUUUGCGUGGUUGGCUUAUAGAACGAGGAAUAUUCAUAAUAAUUAUUAGCACAUUUUUACUUGGUGUAAAAGCGAACUUGUUUUGCAUUGUUGGCUUAUAGAACGAGGAAUAUUCAUAAUAAUUAUUAGCACGUUUUUACUUGGUUUUAAAGCGAACUUGUUUUGCAUGGUUGGCUUAUAGAACGAGGAAUAUUCAUAAGAAUCAUAGCGCGCUUUUACUUGGUGUAAAAGCGAACUUGUUUUGCGUGAUUGGGAUAUAGAACGAGGAAUAUUCAUAAGAAUUAUAGCGCGCUUUUACUUGAUGUAAAAGCGAACUUGUUUUGCAUGGUUUUCUUAUAGAACGAGGAACGUUCAUAAUAAUUAUUAGCGCGUUUUCACUUGGUGUAAAAGUGAACUUGUUUUGCACCAAUAGAACCAUUGGAAUGGCAUCAUUUUCCAUUGGUACCAAUCGUACCAUUGGUACCGAUGGACCAUUGGAAUUGCCCUGUACCCAACCAGGUCACAUGGGAAAAUAAUCUAAGUCCCCUUAAUGAGAUGCAUAUUCACCAAUAGAACCAUUGGAAUAGGGUGCUUUUCCAUUGGUACCAAUCGUACCAUUGGUACCAAUGGACCAUUGGAAUUGCCCUGUACCCAACCAGGUCACAUGGAAAAAUAAUGUAAGUCCCCUUAAUUAGAUGCAUAUGCACCAACAGAACCAUUGGAAUAGGGUGCUUUUCUAUUGGUACCAAUCGUACCAUUGGCACCAAUGGACCAUCAGUUUGACGAAUCGUAUCCGUUGAGAUGCAUAUUCACCAAUAGAACCAUUGGAAUAGGGUGCUUUUCUAUUGGUACCAAUCGUACCAUUGGUACCAAUGGACCAUCGGAAUUGCCCUGUACCCAACCAGGUCACAUGGGAAAAUAAUCUAAGUCCCCUUAAUGAGAUGCAUAUUCACCAAUAGAACCAUUGGAAUAGGGUGCUUUUCCAUUGGUACCAAUCGUACCAUUGGUACCAAUGGACCAUUGGAAUUGCCCUGUACCCAACCAGGUCACAUGGGAAAAUAAUGUAAGUCCCCUUAAUUAGAUGCAUAUGCACCAACAGAACCAUUGGAAUAGGGUGCUUUUCUAUUGGUACCAAUCGUACCAUUGGCACCAAUGGACCAUCAGUUUGACGAAUCGUAUCCGUUUGUGUUUAUUGGACAUGUGUGUCACAAUGCUAGAAUAAAAGUACUGAAGAUACCACAACACGUAAUCGUUAAAAAAGUACCAAUGACACUUAAAUAGUCGAAGCUUUCUUAACGGACGCUUGCGCAAGAGCUGAGGACGGCUCUACUUGUGGUCGGGUCGACCAAAAAACUCUCAUCUUACUCGCCAUUGAAAAUGAGUUAAUAGCGCCUCGAGUAAGUUCUGCAAUAUUUGUGUUUUUAAUAGACUGCUCCAAGCGUGUGAUAAAAACCAAUCGGCGUAACAUGCCCUGAACCUGUGCGAUAUAUUUUGGAAGAUCAUUUCAGUUCCACUAGGCCAACAGAAAAGAGAUAUUGAAGUUGAAUUUCUUAGCUGAAAGUUAUUUUCCUUAACCCAUUCGCAGAAGAAUCAACACCUAAGUCAACAUAUUGUAAUUAGGUGGUUCAUUGUUUUUCUUCGUCUAUUUCCUGAGUGAGGGGAUAGUUAAUUGUUUUGUUUUAGUUUUGUUUCAUGCCUGGGUUCCCUUCUUUUGUACCCAUUCUUUUGAGUGAUUUCUAUGAAGUUUUAAUUUUCCCUUUAAUCCUUUAAUUUGUUUCCCUUUGAAUAUCAGGCUGUGGAGCUGAUGGUCACUAAAGUUCAACAGAUGAACGAUCGAAUGGAAAGAAAAGUCCAGCUUCUGGGUUCCUAUGAAGAUGACUUGGUGCAUCUAAGGUAAAGGGACAAGAAACAAAAUAGGUAAAUAAAUAAAUGCACUUUAUUUGAGUGUCAAUGUAUUUAGCUACAGACGGGACCGCCAUUUUACGUGGUCAUCCGAGCCACCCGACGGUCUAGGCGCUUGCACUGCAAAGGGAGUACCUUCAUUUCUUAGUCAAUUUAAGAGCCUGAGUGUUGGUCCGGUCUCGGGAAUCGAACCCGCGACGACCGCGACCUCCCGCUCUGCAGUCAAGCGCUCUACCGACUGAGCUAAUCCUGCUGCGGUUAUAAAAUGUCUUAUAAAAAAUGCUUUUAAUUUAACAUCACUUUAGACCGUUCACAGUCCCCUAUUUUUGGUAAGAUCUUAAGGGUCGAGCUCUUACCGGUACAGGCGACUAUCUGGGUCUCAUAUGUACCGAGGGGGCAGGCGUCGGGGUGCCCGCCCCUUAACUAGAUUUCACGGUCAUCCCAAGACUGGACUCGGAACAUUAAAAACUAAGAUGGCCACCUGAUCUCGACGAUUUUACGAAAAAAUAGUUGACUGAUAACAGUCUAACAUCACACAAUUGUUCUGGAACGCUAAAACCCAGGCAAAUAUCCUGAAUUAAUCCGCGAUCAAUUCCAUAAUUCUCAUCGCCUAUGUCUUAUCAUGGUCUCGGUUAUAAAAGGAGAAUUUCAAACGAUAAAAGCAAAGCUCCUGUUACAUCUUGUCGUCAUGGCCUCGUUCGUCUAUUUUCCUUGAUUUAUAGACUGUUCAUAGACCCCUAUUUUUCAGUAGGAUCGUCGAGAUCGAGUACUUACCCUUGGGGGCAUCCAGCUUGGUUUCAGUUGUACUGGGUCUGGCCUGGGGAUUUCCGUCGAGUAACAAAUCUACUUAGGGGGCGGGGGAAAGUUUAGGAGGAGACAAGAAAAAUUUAUGUUUUUCUCCCCUGCCUCCCGCCACCGCUAAAACCCCGACACCACCCGACCCUCGGUACAUUCGAAACCAAGAUGGUCGCCCGUAACGGACUCGUAACGUUAAGUGCUCGAUCUCAACGAUGUUAUGGCAGAAUAAAGGACGGUGAACGUUUAGAAGUCAAGGUAAUAUGUCGGGAAGGUAAAUGUGCACACCUAUAUAAAAUAAAUAGAUGGAAAAAGUGAAGAUUUUUGUGGUCGAAUUACGCGAAAUAUUUCGUCCUUCGUUUCGGAAAUAGUGAGACAGUGGCAGGACAGAAAACGGCUGAAGCUACAGGACUUAAGGUUAGCUUGUUGCUGGGAUAUUGUUAGUUGCAGUUGUGUAGAACGUGUCCUUCUCUUCAUUAUAAGAUGAUGUAACAUCUGUUUGUAGCGCAUCCCUUAGCCUUUGUAGCUGGCGGGAUUAGCGGGAGUGCUGUAGUUUCUUGGCGGCGGAGCCGCGUGAAGAUUAAGAACCCUAGCAGCUUUACCGCUCUCUUCGCCAAUAAAUUACCCCGGGCACAAGCAUCCCGCCCGCAACGCAGGCUACCGCAUCCCUCUCUAAUAACUUUGUAGGAAGAGAAGGCUAAAUAAUGGAAUCAACGUUAAAUUCACCUAACCUAAAAACUCUUUGUUUACGACUGUUUUCAUCAAGGCUCUUACUGACAUAGGACAUUAGCGUUAAGCCGUGAAGUUAUUGCCAUAAAGUCUAUAAAGGGUCAUAGGGAAGUGGAUUGUAUGAUUCAUUCCUUUCAUUGGUUAAUGAGCGGGGCCAAAGCCAAUUAGCGCUGAACCGAGGUUAAAUUUCAAUUCGGGUUUCUUUUUCUUUUGAUCAAAAGCAUUUUUUCGAAUAAUUUUAUCUAUUCCUUUGAGAGCAUCCAAUCAUCAAAUUAUAACGAAAUUUAUUAAACUGAAUUUGAUUUUUAAGCUUCGGUAUCUGAAUUCAAAUUUCCUACUUACCCUGGGUUAUCUUAAUCCAGCUUUGAACAUCCCUGCCCAGAUUACAUUAAAGCUGUCUUUUUUUAACUGGAAUUUUUCACUCUGAUUUUGUCGUAUUGUACCACAUAGAUGGUUGUUCGAAAUCGCCAGGAAGAGAUCGCCUACCUUAGAGCAUCAAUGAGUAGAUUAAGAGACGACCUGGAUCAACAGCGUAGACUUAAUGUUUGUUUAAAGGAAAGAAAGGUAAGAUGGUUGUACACUUUGUACACUUUUUCCACUUAAUGUGCAAGAACCAAGUAACCAUCUUGACAAACAGUUUCAUUUCUAUUCUACGUGUGACCACAGGUAACCCAAGCUCACAGUAAGAACCCGUAAGCAACACUACCUUACACAGCUAAUUAAUAAUGGUAUUAAAUAGGACUGAGUGGAGUCCAAUUCGGUCGUUAAUCAUACGAGUGAUAAAACUUAUUUGUUUAAUCAUGAGUAUGAUUACAGACCGAAUUGGACGACACGAAGUUCUGUUACCAAUUAAUCUUGACUAUAACAAAAUUUGUGAUUUUUUAGGUUUUUUUAAUCAAAGCACAUGAAAUUCCGAGAGUUUUUUGCUAGCAGUGACAAAAAAAGUCAUUUAAGCGCGCGCGUGAUGGUGCCUACUGUCCAGUUACUUAGGCAUGACGCGUACUGUCCUAUUAGUGCUGAAAUCGGACCAAUUGAUAGCCAAUCAGGUUUGAGGUUCGGCGGGGCUAAAUGCAGGGUGCAUUUGCAGGCUAGAAAACUGCCCGUGAGAGAAAAACUAAAUGUGGUCUCCUUCAUUCUCGUGUCCGAUCUACUCUCACUUAAAACGUAGAGAGUUUUGAAAGGUUUGUGAAAGAACCUUGUCGGCAAAAAUCAACUAACUUUGUUCGCUUUUUUUUCCUAUGUCCAGAAAUUCGCCAUGGAUAUGGAUGAGCGUGAUACAAAGAGACAAACACAUAGCUGUUACAUGGACGAACACACCAGAUACAAGGUGCUGAAUGAUAAGUAUACUAUAUAAUAUGUAGUAAAUAUUGUUUCACCGUCCCUGCACUUGUUAGUUUUGGCAAAGUUCCCUUUCGUAAACGGUUGCUGCCAUUUUUAAGACACUUGUUAGAACAUUUUUGACCCGUGAUUGAGAGUGUUUCUAUUAACAAGAAGGUCAAUCGUAACCCAGGGUCGAACCCAGACCUUUCCUAUCCUAAUCCUUCUCCCUUACCACUAGACUACAACACCGACGCUACAAACUUGGAAAAAUUUCAGUACAUAAAGUAGUAAACUGUCUUUCUUAAAACUGAUGCAUCAAUAACAGGUGACGCUAGCCUUCCGCGUUCACGGAGCGCGUUGUACCAGCAACGCAGGCGUUUGAUUGUUCGUUAAAUGAUGGAUGUUAAUUUGCGUUGACAACGGGUUUAGUUUAAGUUGCCGACACUGACAAAUCGUUGACAAGUCGUCGUUUCUUUUAAACGUACGCUUUCAUAACACAUAAGACACAUCUUGCGCAAACACAGGAAGGAUUUUUGGUAUUUUGAGGAUGAAUCACGUAAGCCAACAUGCUUCUGAAGCAGCCCGGCCAGUGAUGUAAUUACACUCUCUCUAUUUUUCUCGCUUCCUCCCAAACCGCCCCUCGCCCCCUUAGUAGUUUUGACACUCAUGCAAGAUGGCAGCCCGUAACGCAAAGCGCUCGAUCUCGACGAUCUUACGGGAAGAUAGGUGACUGUGAACAGUCUACUGCGCACGCUCUUCUUUACUUCUGGCGUUAUUGUAACUUAAUUAAUCCAGGGAAUAUAUUACAUGUAUCUUACCAAUGGUAGCGUCGACCGUUAAAAAUGGCAACGACCGUAACGAAAGGGAAAUAUGCGUCGUCGUUAUUCAUUACCUUUAGUGAAUGAUUAUGGAGAUGAGUCAGAUGCCAAGACAAAGCGUCUAUAAUUCUUAUUCUGCCUCAGCCUUCGGCUCAGUUAAUAACACUUACCUCGACCUUGAUUAUUCCUAAUAUCACAGGAGCCUCAUCCAAUAAUUGUUUAUAAUUGUAUAUGUAAUUUCCCUUGCAGGAGGAACUUAAAAAGAAAAAGGCAGCAGAGAAACUUUAGAGGAAAAAUUACGAAAUAGAGUCACUCAAAAAGGUAAGAAAUGUGGAAGAGUUUUUCAUGUAUGUACGGUAUGAUGUGGUCGUCCUCGAUUGGUAAUAUUUAAUUCUGCAAUCUAUAACUGACUUCAGUAAGCUUCACGUUUCAGAAGAAGAUCGGCGACAACAUUGUUGAGACAUUUUCCUCAGCUUUGUAACUUCGGAGAACAAAACAAUCCACACCUCUCCUCUGUCCCCUCCAUACAAAGUUGGGGUGUUUUUAUGCUUUCUACAGGUAGCUUGAACAGCCCUUUGGGGCAAAGUGUCUCGGUUAAUUUUGUCGCCAAUGGUAGAUAGGGAGUUAUGCAAGUUAUAUAGUGUGUCUAUUGAAUAAUGGUAAAAGUAGAAUUUAUAAAAGCUUUUGAGAAUGUGUGUAGUGGCUGCAGUGGCAUAUCGUGUAGAGAUAAUGACCACACUGAAAAUAAGGAAGAACUGUGCAGGCCCAUGUCUGAUCCACCCCCUCCUGGAGUCAUUUAACACAGUUAAAGCGAAAAAAGCCCAGUCUAAAGGCUCUUCCAGCCUAGGCUGGGGCCCAUUUCAGCCAUUGGGUCCAAAUCAACCUUAGGUAGUUGGACUGUAUUGGCCCUGAUUUAAGGGAGCCAAAUGAGAUUCAAAAAUAGGACUGUAUUUUACUUACCGAAGCGGCCCCAUUUUUAGGGCGAAAACAGAUCUUUCUGAUUUACUGUGCACCUACUUUAUAACUGAAAUCCUCUCUUGCUGAAAUUUAGAGUGUAAUUUGGUUGUAGCCUUGUUUUUCGUACAUUUCAGCAUUUUCCCUUAAAAUCAUGAAAAAACUUCAUUCGGUCUAAAACUGCUGAAUUCAAAUUUAUGGACGGUGCUAAAUUGGCUGCCUGUGUACACCCCCCCCCCCUCCUCCCUCCUCUUUUCCUGAGGGAAGGGGGGUCUGUACACAGGCUACUCAAUUUGCUGCUCUGUCAUUGGUUAAGGCGCAGCGUUUCUAAGAUCUGCGCGCGCUGCCGAAACUGUGGUUGUGUUGUCUGUGCUAAAUCUGCCUACUUUGUUACGUGUAAACUCUUUUCUUCCCUUCUUUCUUUAAUUCUCAAUUCAACCCAUUUUCCCUAAAAAUUCAAUCUCAAUGCCCCUAUAAAUGACUACGCGUGAUGUGAAUGUGUAGAAGCUAAGGUGUCUGAGGUUGCAUUUUGUCAAUUAAUAGGAACUUAUGUCCGCAGACCGAGAACUGAAUGAAACUGCAGUCAAGUUGCAACUUCUCGAGUCCAGCAGAGUAAGUGCAUGGAACUCUGUUUUGUACAUGUAUUAACCUUCCUUAGCGGACCUUGUUUUGCCUCAAAGCAUAAUAGUUUUCACAAAAUUGAACUUUGUUAUCUCUGACAACACAUAGUUCCAUUCCCGAUGUCAAUGGCCAUUAAGGGAUACUAAUACCAAGAAUUUUUUUUCGUUAAAUCUUCUUGAUAAGUUUCCCUCCGUGGAGCAGUUAUAUUUGACUGAGCCAUUUACUUGUAGGCGUGUUUUAGUUACUGUCAUUCGUAAGUCUACCAUUUUGUGAUUAAAAGGUCGAGUAAAACGAUUUCUUUGCAGCCUGUAAGGUCUUUAGAAUGGCAGCGUUUGUUGUUGUUUAGUAACAUUGGUCAGAUUGUGCCUGAAAAUUAGCAGCCGGAGAGCACAACCUCUUUUCGUCUUGUUUUGGAGGCUGUGCCUGAAAAGCGUCAAGCCUUUGAAGUCUCCGAAGCCCGAACUUCUGGACCACUUUAACUUGUUCUCUAUCCUCAAACUGGUUUUUCCAGUGCGAGCGUCUGUUUAUUGAUAAACCACUGCGUCCGCUGUAACAAGCGCAGACGUGGGUUGGAAACUGUCUUAGCAACAAGCAGCACAUGCUCAACAAAGAUCUUACCCGAUUAAUGCAGUCUUUCCAAAGGGUGGAAAAUUAGAAAUUCGUGACAAACGUAUUCGUUUUAAAUUCUGUUUCAGAAUAAUUUAACGUCUCGCAGUGGUCAUCGUGAAGACAGCGCUUUACUAGAUUAUGAUGAGUGAAUGAGUUACUGCAUCUCCGCUACACGGGACUGACGAUGGUUGUUCACGCCCUCCGCUUAAUAUGAUCAAUGGUCAUACACGUGAUCUGCACGUGCCAAGCAAGCAAUCCGGCGUCAUACUAGGCGUAUCUACAAUAUUCUGAGCGGGAAGUUUACCUCACAUCAUGGGAAAAAAUUUCGCUGUUCUUAAUACUUGAACAUAGUGUAAAUAAAAUGAAUAAACAAUCAGAAUAUCCAAUCAUAGGACAAAAUGACGAUCCAGUUGUUUUCAAUGGCAACCUGGCUUGACUGAAGAGUGAAAUAGAGUGUGAUGAAGAUUAUGCAGUGUCAGUAUGUUAAGCCGAACCCCUUUAGAUUAACUUGUGUAAGUACCAACGACUUUAUUUUGAAAAUAAGCAAAUAAUCGGGACUGAUAACAAAGGUGUUGCACAGCGACGUUUUUCGCAGAUGCUAUCAAUUUGACAAAUCAAGUAUAAUAACGCACAGUUUCUCUUUCCCCUUUUUUUAAGCGGCGGUUGUUGACAAAAACAAUUCAAAUUUGGUUUUUUAAUUCAAUCUUUGUCUUUUUCCUUUUAAAGCCUCC